ACGUUUUAACUGGAGAUAGGUUUGUUUUGUUUUGGUUCGUUUAGGACGUAAACAUGGAUUCGGUACCUCAAGAGCUUUCUUUAACUGAAAUCCGCAAUUUUAUGUUGAAAAACAACUGUAAAGUGACAAAUCAUGCACUGGUAAAACAUUUUCGUACCUUUCUAACCAAUAAAGAAACGCAAGAGGAAGCGAGAAAACUUUUUAAGAUCUACGUCAACACGCUAGCGUCAAUAAAAAAUGAAGGUAAUGAAAAGUACUUGAUUUUACGUAAAAAGUAUGUCACCGAGUGUCCAUCAGAAGAUUCGUUUAAUACCAGCUACCCGAUGAGUCCGGGUGCACGUUCUCUAACAGUGGUUCCUUCCGAUGGCGAGAGUUCUCCAUUUAAAGUUCCUCCGCCUUAUCGUCCACCACCUGAUGUUUCGGAAAUCAGCAACAUACAUCUAUAUCAGGAAAGUCCUCGCGGUAGUAUUGCUUUGUCACGUAAAAACAGUUCCGAUGCCGGUCGUAGUGGUUCCGAAUAUAGUUUCGGUAGUGAAGUAAUGAGUUCGAUUGAAUCGCGUAAAAUCGGCCCUGUACUGAUGCGAAGUGACAGUAGUGACUCACGUUAUCUGUCCGAAGUGUCCAGAAAGGCCAGUGUGGAGUUGUAUCGUUUUGACACACAGGAAGAACUUGCACCAGCGAUACCGCCAAGAAAGCGUUCCACCGUCGAUUAUUCCGGAUCUAGACACAGUUCUGUGGAGGAAAAAAAUCCUGGUCUGAUCAAAAGUUCGUUUGUUGUGAGUGAAGUACAACCAGAAUCGAAUAAAGAAAACAAUGUCCAUAGUGAAGUUGAUAAUAAAAAUGCUGUUGAUCCUUGUGCAGAACAGCAAGAAGAAAAUAAAUUGAGUGUUAAGGAGAAAAUGAUGAAAUUUAAUCGUUUCGCUUCCGAAGAAGAAGCGAAGAUUCCCUCACCUAUUGGAAAGAAGAAACCGGACAAGAGUGCGGAAGAUUCUCUUAGUACUGAAAAUUUGGCUCAACAUCCGAAGGCGAAAGAGUGGCUGAUUGCAGCAGCUAACGCAAACUACCAGGAGCUGGCCAAACUCUCGACCGACUAUCCGAAUCUGGUCAAGUUGCAGGACUUGAGUACGAUUUGA